UUAACAUCCUCGCACAAAAUCGAUAUUUCAUGUGAAGGACCCUUUACCAUUUAUUUCAGCUGCUGGUUCAGCGUCGCAGCACUGCAGUAUCGGUCAACAGGAGGUCAUUUCGCGGAUGUCCUGGAUCUGCAGCCAAGAAUUCCAUAUUGGGGCUGCAUAGCGACUGUUAUUGUACUACUUAGCUCGAGAUACACGAGUAUCUUCGCGAACCUCACACUCUCGGGCACGUACGACCUCGCGGCUCUGGUCGAAGAGGAAUGGCGGGAUCGCCAACCUUUCCUAGAGAGUCACGGCUACAUGUUGAGGUCCCGCUACUAUGCAAACUGGUCCCCUUCAUGA